AUGGCUGAGCCGCUCAACGUCCGCCGUGUGAUGUGGAAGAACCUCCUCAUCAACAGGAUCCACAUGCUGCUCAAUGCGGCCGCGAUUCUCGCUGUAUUCUACUACAGAUUCACCACUCUCCGCCGCAUAAUCCACACCGGGGAGACCCCUCUCGUUCCUUACCUCGUCGUCAUCCUGUCCGAGAUUGUUCUCACCUUCCUAUGGAUCCUGCAUCAGGCCUACCGGUGGAGGCCUGUCAAGCGGACGGUGUACCCGGAGAGGCUGCCGGAGGACGCCAAGCUCCACCCGGUCGACGUCUUCAUAUGCACGGCCGAUCCUAGUAAGGAGCCGUCCCUGGGGGUGAUGAACACCGUCAUUUCGGCUAUGUCGCUCGACUACCCGCCGGAUAAGCUUGCCGUCUAUCUCCAUGAUGACGGGGGCUCUCACGUGACCCUUCACGCCACGCGCGAGGCCUGGAAAUUCGCAAGGUCGUGGAUCCCUUUCUGCAGGAAGUACCAGUUGAAAUCGAGGUGCCCCGAGCCUUACUUUGAAGGCAAGGAGUGUGCGGACGAGAAGUUCCUUGGGACCAGCGAUUUCGUGGCCGAUAGGAAGAUAAUUGAGAAAAAAUACGAAGAAUUCCAGGAGGCACUAGAGAAGAAUUCUGUCAACGCAGAGGGCUCUGUUAGCAGAGAUCAUUCGCCCACCAUCGAGGUGAUGACUGAGGGUUCCCCUGAAGGGAUGCCUCUUCUUGUGUAUGCCUCUCGGGAGAAACGGCCUGGUCAUCCCCACCAUUUCAAAGGAGGAGCACUGAAUGCUCUUCUCCGAGUAUCUGCAUUAAUCACCAAUGCUCCAUACUUCUUGGUACUGGACUGUGACAUGUACUGUGGGGAUCCAUCAUCUGCUCGCCAUGCCAUGUGCUUUUAUCUCGACCCCAAAAUCUCUCAUGAAAUAGCUUGGGUUCAGUACCCUCAGAAAUUCCGCAACGUGAGCGAGCAUGAUAUCUAUGAUGGUCGACUGACCCCCAUUUGGAGGGAAGGGCUAGGCCUUGAUGGGCUUAGAGGACCUACCAUCUACGGCUGCAACUUUUUCAUGACCAGGGAAGCAAUCUAUGGAAUUGAUAGGAAUCUGAAGGGUAUCGAUGUCAACCAAAUGAAGAAGUCAUUUGGCCCAAGCAACGAGUUCAUCAAAUCAAUUAACAGAAAUUACCGCCCACAGCUUCCGGAGGAUAGAAAGCCCUCUGAGGCAUUGGAAAAAGAGCUUCAGCUGGUGGCCUCUUGUACUUACGACAAUGACACAAAAUGGGGCGACGUGGUCGGUUACAAGUAUUUCACUGUGGUGGAGGACUCUAUUACUAGCCUUGAGUUGCACUGCAAGGGCUGGAUAUCUGUUUUGCUCGACCCCGAUCGGCCGUGUUUCUUGGGCUCAUGCACAACGAAGCUGAACGACAUGUUGGUUCAGCAAACACGUUGGUCUUUUGGGCUGAUGCAGAUUGGACUGUCAAAAUACACCCCUCUUAUAUAUGGCCCAUUGAGGAUGUCGGUUCUUGAAAGCAUGUGUUAUGGUGCACUUAUACUAGAUUGUCUCUAUGCAGUGCCUUUUUAUGGUUUAUGCAUCAUUCCCCCAGUCUGCCUAGCUCUCGGAAUUCCUCUGUAUCCCAAGGUCUCGGAGCCGAUGUUCCUCGUAUUUGUCUUCAUCUUCAUCUCGUCUCAGCUGAAGCACAUCCAGGAGGUGAUCUCGUACGGUGAUGACUUGAAGACGGCCCUGUACGAAGCGAGGGUCUGGAUGAUGAAAUCGGCCUCGUGCUACUUUUUUGCCAUCCUCAACGCAGUUUUGGACAGGCUCGGCCUCUUGCAGGCACACUUCACCUUAACCAACAAAGCAGUGGAUGCGGACCAGGUGAAGCGCUACCAGCAGGGCACAUACGAUUUCCAGAUAUCCCCACUCAUGCUCACGCCUAUGUGCACUCUCUAUUUACUCAACUUGGUGUGCCUUGUCCUUGGGGUCGUCAAGCUGGCGAGCGCGUGGGAAGAGCUUUUCGUGCAGGCUGCACUCUCCUUGUUUGGGGUGGUAAUGAAUUGGUAUUUUCUGCAGGGCAUGUUUUUCAGGCUCGACAGCGGCCGGGUUUCGCCGUUUGUGACUUUGAUUUCUGUGCUGCUGGUUGUAUCCGUGUUGGGGAUUGGGUAUCUGGUUACGCUUUACUCGGUUUGA